AUGCGUGUCUCGACAAUUGGAAUUUGGGCCUUGUCGGUUAGUGCAACUGCCGCGAAGACCUGUUACAAUGUAACGGUGGAGGUCCCAGUCACAGCUCGCAAUGGCGUGUUCGACAAUAUCAGCACGCCCCAGACGAACUUUGACGCUACUUCCUUCGUUCUCGCAGCGACCAAGCAAGGUAGAAACUUGACGGAAGUAGCCUUGUCUGGCUAUGCAACUGUGUCGGGCCACUAUAACAUCUCAACUCAGUACUGUGUGCCGAAAAAUGCUGGGAACACGGCCUAUACGCUUCAGAUCCUCACACAUGGAAUGGGUUUUGACAAGACAUAUUGGGAUCUGCCAUAUAGCAACUAUAACUACUCCUACGUGGAUUAUGUCUUGUCUCGAGGCUAUCACACACUCUCCUACGACCGACUGGGCUUUGGCAAAUCUUCCCAUGGUGACGCAAAGAACGAGAUCCAGGCAUUCUUAGAGAUUGAGGCCCUCGCUCAGUUGACCCGCAUGGUGCGCAACGGCAAGAUAUCUAACAUCAAGACCCCGGCCAAGGUCGUCCACGUCGGACAUUCAUUCGGGUCUGCCCAGACCGUUGCGUUGUCGGCGAUGUACCCCAAGCUUUCCGAUGCGCUCGUGCUCACCGGGUAUUCGACAAGCGCCGACUAUAUGCCAAUGUUCCUGAGCGGCGCCAACUUCCAACAAGCCCGACUCAACGGCAAGAACUCGGACUACACAGGUGGAUACUUGACGAGUGCGGACGCCGGCAGCAAUAUAUAUCUCUUCCUCUGCCCGCCGCAUUUUGACACCGGUCUUCUGAAGUUCGCAGAAGAGAACAAGCAGCCCAUGACUAUCGGCGAACUCUUGACUAUCACUGGUCUGCCAGCGCAGAGCAAUUUCACAGGACCUGUUUAUGUCAUUGAUGGUGCGAACGAUGUGCCAUUUUGUGGCGGUGACUGUUUGAACACGGGUGGGAAAUCGGCUUCUAUUCCUGCUGGUGCGAAGAUGAUCUUUCCCUCGGCCAGUGCUUUCUCUGCCUACAUUCACCCCAACACUGGCCAUGCUAUCAAUCUGCACUAUAACGCCACUGCAGCUUAUAAGCAGAUCAAUGACUUCUUGGGGGCUCAUGGAUUGAUGAGCAAGAGUCAUUCACAUGAUCAUGCCCGUCAUCAUCAGUGA